CCCUGCUCCCGCGCCCGCCCCUGCCGGCGCCCCGGACGCCCGGACCAUGGGCUGCAUCGGCUCCCGGACCGUGGGGAAUGAGGUGAUCGCAGUGGACUGGAAGGGCCUAAAGGAUGUCGACCAGAUACCCAUGGACAGUACCAGCUCACUGCAGGGGAGCAGCCUCCACCGACCGUCCACAGAGCAAACCCGGACGGAGUUCUCCUGGGAUGCCAUCAAUCUCUCCAUGGAGGACACCACUUCUAUCCUCCCGAAGCUCAAGCGUAACUCGAAUGCCUAUGGCAUUGGGGCCCUGGCCAAGUCAUCACUCUCAGGGAUCUCGCGAAGCAUGAAGGACCAUGUGACAAAGCCCACAGCCAUGGGCCAGGGCCGGGUGGCCCAUAUGAUAGAGUGGCAGGGCUGGGGGAAGGCCCCAGCCAUCCAGCCCCAACACAGCCACGAGGCCGUGCGCAGGGACACGGAUGCCUAUUCUGACCUCAGUGAUGGCGAGAAGGAGGCACGCUUCUUAGCAGGUGUGAUGGAGCAGUUUGCCAUCUCUGAGGCCACACUCAUGGCCUGGUCUUCCAUGGAUGGUGAGGACAUGAGUGUCAACUCCACCCAGGAGCCACUGGGCUGCAACUACAGUGACAACUACCAGGAGCUGAUGGAGAGCCAGGAUGCCCUGGCUCAGGCCCCCAUGGAUGGCUGGCCUCACUCCUAUGUGUCCCAGGGCAUGUACUGUCUGGGCUCCUCGGAUGCCUGGGAAGCCAGUGACCAGUCCCUCAUCGCCUCUCCAGCCACAGGCUCCUACCUCGGCCCGGCAUUCGAUGACUCGCAGCCCAGCCUGCAUGAGAUGGGGCCCUCUCACCUCGCCUCAGGCUGCUCGGCCCAGGAGCCACCUUUGCUAGGGGUGGACGCUGACUGGGCUGCAGGCGGUAUCGUCAUGGACCUGGCCCAGGUCCCUGCUGAGGAGGAGGAGGAAGAAGAGCGGGAAGAGGGGGAGAAGAGGCUGUUGGCCCCCGAGGAGGAGGAGGACGCGGGCUGCCGGGACCUGGAGUCUCUGUCCCCGCGGGAGGACCCCGAAGUGUCCACUGCCCUCAGCCGGAAGGUGUCUGACGUCACAUCCUCAGGAGUGCAAUCCUUCGACGAGGAGGAGGGAGAGGCCAACAACUAGCCCCCAGGGCCCUGCUUCCUCCCACCAUGACUGCACCCACCACCUCCCCUGCUGUGCACUGACACGGUGGAGGACCGCACUGCACAGGAGAGUGGGGACCAGGAGGCAUCGUACCCCAUGCACUCCGAACACCACAGGAACCAAGACCCAGACCACGACAUGAGUGGCCUUCAUGUGGCAGGGCCUGUGACCGCAGGCCUUGGUAUGAGGCCGGGCAGGUGGGCAGCAGCCGUCAUCACCUGGCCCCAGUCUCUGCCCAUCGAGUCUUCCAGGAGCCCUGCCUGCAGCUGCCAAUAGCCUCCUCCUCUGCCGCUCUCUCGCUUUCCCAGACUUGGCCUUGUCUCUGGCUGUGGCCCUGGCCCUGUGGGCAUGGGAGUCCACCGCAGGGCUGUCUCCCUCGAGGGGAAGAGCCUGCCCUCGGUGUCGAGUGGGCUGCUGAGGCCUGGGGUCCAGGGUGAGGGGGGCCUGGCCAAAGGCUUUGCAGGGACAGGACAGUCACAGUGAGCAUGUCCAGGCCCCAUCCAAGAUCUGACCGUCCUUUGGCUGGAAGGCAGGUCCAUGGAUCUGUGAGGACUCCCAGCCAGCUGCCUGCUCCUGCUCCCCUUCUGUCCCCCAGCCCUGCUCUGGGAACCCCGGUCCCAGGGGUGAGGGACAGCAGCCCCAGGUUUGCUGACUGGGAACGCAGGUGUCCUGGCCAGGGGUAAGCAUGAGGGCUGUGUCCCCCGCCCUCCCCCAACUCUCUGGAGCUGUUUACACUUUUCUCUUUGCCUUUUCUACAUUUUUAUAACUUCUUGGGGACUCAGGGUUGAGUGGGUGGAGGGCUGAGUCGGUGCUGCCAGGGCCCCGGUUGGUGGGUGUCCCCAGGAACGGAGCGUCCCUCGGCUCCUCCUGCCCCUUCGGCUCCUCCCCGGGCUCCCUAGGGCCUCCCAGGACUCCAACACCCUAGCACCUCCACUUGGAUGGAUCUCAGAUCUCGAGGGCAGGGUAUGGUCUUGGCCUCUGAUGCCCCCCUCCCCCGCCGGCUUUGGGGGGGUUGGGAGGAGGGGGGAAAGAGAAGCCUAAAGAGGCUCAUCACCACUUCCUCCCUCUUCCCUUGCACCCACCACGAGCUCCAGCCCUGACUCCGUGUGCCCUCCCCACCCAACCCCCCGGGUGUCUGUCCCUCAGCUGUGUCCCCCUCCCAGCCCCUACACUGGUAUUUCUUUGUAAUGAGAAGCUGGUAUGUUGGGCUGUUUCUGCCAACCUAUGACCCACCCUCCCACCCCCUGUCAUACACACACAGUUCCAAGAUGUAACCAGGGCUGGGGUCCUGUGUGUCUGGGUCCCGAGGGGUCUUGGAGGAACCAGGAGUGGGUGCGGUGAGCAGAGGUGGGUGCACAGCCGUCACCUGGUCUGAUGCUGCCUGAACAGUGUGUCACACACAGCUGGCCCUGGACCCCACUUCUGGGAGCUCCCCACCUGGGGCUCCUGUUGCCCCCUCCACUUGUCCAACACAUCAUCUCUCCCUUUACACCUCACCUCUGGUGCCCACCAUCCACCCAGGACCCACAGUGGGCAACUGUCUACCACAGCCCUACUCACUCAGGGCCCAGCAGGCUGAGGAAGAGGUUGGAGCAGUAUCCUCCCCCACCCCCCCGCACUUCCCCCAGGAAGCAAGAGUCCCCUGGCAGGAUGGUCCAAAUGGGAGCUGGGCUCGGUGUCCUCGGGCGCUGCCUCUGGCUUCGCAGGGUCUUUGUCCUAACGGAGCUGGCCUUGCUGAAGGGGGAGGGGCAGGAACUAGCCUUCUGGACUCUUCUGAGCGAGGGGCGCCCUCUGGUGCUGGGGAGGGGUGCAUGGGGUUUGCUUAUACUUUAGGGACAGGGAGCAUGUGCAGGACAGCUAUUGGGGUGGGGGGCUGCUUCCCUUUGGGGUGAGGCUGUGCAGCACGUCUUACGGCAGUCCUGGACAGGGCUGUUUUUAUAUUCUUCUGAAUGAAACUGCUCUUGCUAAAUGAUUUUCUUUGCGGGGGUGGGGGGGGCGGGGUUGCACUUUUAAUCAGUUCACUUUAUUAAAGGAAAGUCCAGAUCUUCCAUCCCUCCCCUUCCCUCCCCCCACCUUCCUUCUGAUCCUUGUCCUAAGGAGGGGUCUCGGGUACGUUUAUCACCUCACCCACCCACCUCUACCUCCCUUACGCCGUCUUCCAGGGGACACAGUUUUAUGACCAGUCUUCGCAUGUUUUGUUACCGCGACCUUCCCACCCAGCCUGAGAGAGUCUAUGACAUAUAUUACAGAGAGAAGUCUAUAUAAAUAUAUACAAAUAUUCUAGAUUAUGUACACACGGGCAUGGGCUGGAAGCCCCUGCCCCUGCCCAGGCCAGCCUCUGUUGGCCUGGGGGGGUGUGAUGUUGGAACAGGCGGUGGCUGUGAUCAUGGCACUAAACAACAUGGUGGCA